AUGGAAACAAAUGGAAUUAUACCAAUAAAUGAUCAUAUAUCUGAUAUGUCACCAUGGAUGAUAUGUAUGUAUAAAAAAUUUAGUAAUCCACUUAUAUCAUUUAAUAUAAAAUUAUUUCUUAUGCGUCUUAUUAUAGAUACACAUACAAUAUUUAAACCAUAUGCACGUUAUUUGUUAACACCAAUAAUUCAUAUGUGUAAUCAAAUGUUUGAAAAUUCUUCAGAAGGUUUAAAUACAUUUAUAAUUGAUACAAUUGUUAUAUUAUUAUCAUGGCAUAAACAAGCUAUACCAAGUGAACUUGAUUCAAUAGCUAUACAACGUUUUAUUGAAUAUUUAUUUUCAAAUUGUUCACAUCGUAAUGUUAUUGUUAUGAAAUCAAAUUUAGAUUUAAUUAAAAAAUUAAUUGAAUGUUGGAAAGAACGUAUACAUGCACCAACAUUAAUUCUCUAUAAAUUAAUAUCUGAACCAGAUUUAAAAUCAAAACAAAAUGCAAUUAGUCUUUCAUUAAUUGAAAUAUUAUUAGCUAAUGAUAUUUUACCAUAUUAUGUACCACCAACACCAACAGGAAAUCUUCCAUCUGUAACAACAAAUUCAAUAUUAACAACUAUAACAAAUGAUUUAACUGAAGAUAAAUUUAAUGAGACAAUAUUUAAAAAUAUGAAAAAUACUUAUAGAAAUAUAUAUGCAGCAGCAGGUGAAGUUAUUGGAAUGUUAUUAAAUAUUAAAAAACUUAAACAUGAAACAAAUCAACGUUUAUUAGAAGAAUUAAAUUUAAUAUUAAAAUGGCAUAAUAGUCAACGUUUAUCAGAUACAUAUGUAACAUGUAUUUAUUCAAUACAAAAACAUUAUCCAUUAAUUUUUGAUAAAACUGUUAUGAAUAAAUUAAUAUUUGGUUUAAAAACAAUGUAUGGUGAUAUUAAAAUUGAAUGUUUAGAAUCAUUAAUUGCUAAUAUAACUGAAUUUGAUUCGGCAUAUUUAGAAUUACGUGCAACAGGAAUAUUAGAUAUUCUUAUUCACAAAGAUUUUGGUAUUCGUGGUAUUGCUUUACAUUUAUUAUAUAAACUUUUAGCUAAAUUAACACAUGAACAAUUAUAUGAAAUCGCACAAAUAUUAUAUGUUGAUGGUCCAAAUGAAUGGCAAAUUUGGACACUUGAAAUUUAUAAAUGUAUCUAUGAUUAUAUAACAAAUUAUUUAACAAAAGAAAUAAAAACAUCUAUAAGAUCAUUAUCAGAAAUGUUUUAUCAUCAUGUUGGUGAACAAUUACUAGAAUUAUUAUCAAGUAAAAAUGAAUAUAUACGUGUUAAUUGUCGAAAUUUUUGGGUGUGA